GUAUUUUCAAAUAUAUAUAGUAGUAUAUUAAAAGAAAAUAUAUUGUUAUUAUCCAUAAUGAAAGGUAUACAACAACGCAGAAAGUAUUAUGGAUCAUUGGAUGAUACAAUUAUAACGAUCGAAGCCGAUGAGAGUACACCUCUGUUGGUGGAUCAUUUAAUAUGGCCUAACGACAACAAUAACAACAAUAGCAAUAAUAAUAAUAGUGACAAUGAGUCGUCCAUCACCGAGAAGCCAACCUUAAAAUAUGGUGUAUCAUCUUGGUCAUUUGGCAGCAGCAAUCCUAGUAAUGGCAGUGACUACAGUGCCUACAGUACAAAAUCGUUUAAAAGCCAUUUCACUGAAUUGAGAGUAUUGGUAUUUGCACUGAUCUUAGCAGCAGCUCUUAGCAUUGCCAUUUAUCUACUUGCAAUUGAAUCACGUUUACCAACUAUAACAUUAUCCUUGGACUUGGUUAGUCAUGAUAUCUGGAGUCACAAACCUAUACCAAAAUUCAAUCAUCUUCAACACAACAAUGUUGAUCACAUAAUACUCAUGCAAACUGGAAACAGAAACUGUGAUACAUCUGGCGAGUGUUUGGAAGUCUUAAAAGAAAUGCAGAAUAAGAAUUUUAAACAACCAGAAGAACUACCAUAUAACUUUUUAAUUGGAGGAGAUGGUCAGGCAUAUGAAGUACGAGGCUGGAAAUAUCAGAGUAGUAUAGAAGGCGUACCACAAGAACAAUCACUGGUAAUUGGAAUAAUUGGUAAUUUUGACCAUAGUUCACCAUCGAAAAUCCUAUUACAAACUGUUCAGUCCCUGAUACAAGAAUCCUCAAAACGUCGCAUGGUAAAUAGAAAAUAUAAAAUUUAUGGACUACGUCGUAAUGACCACGACCGAAAAGAGGGCGAACAACUUUUCACUGAAAUAAAGGGAUGGCCCGAAUUUAAUGGUUUCCUUACUAAAUUCUAAUAGAUUUAAGUGAAAAUAAAAUUAUGCUCUAGAACAAAAAGUACAAAAGUUAUAUACAUAUAUUUUUUUGAAAUAUAAAAAAAACAAUAGUAGUAUUUAUUAAAAUUGUUUAUCUUAAAGAAAUUACACCAUAUUCAAAAAAACUUUUAAAUUUAUAAAAGGUUCUAUACAAAAUUUGUUUAUAAACCUUUGAUAAAUUUAAAAACUGUUUAUGAAUAUGGGAUAUUAGUUUAUCCAAUUAAUGCAACAAACAAAAUUAAUUAUAAUAAAAUUUGGAAAAGAAA